GGAAUGAUCUGAACCUUCCGACAGACACGCACCCGAGUCCAGCGCAAUCGCCGAUCGCAGAGCUCAGUGCCGGGAUGGAUGCGUUUAUGAAGGGCUUGUCCAAGGCAAAGGAAGGGGUUGUGGCUGCAGCAGAGAAGACCAAGGAAGGGGUAACAGUGGCAGCCGAGAAGACCAAGGAAGGCAUGCUGUAUGUUGGAAAUAAAACUCGGGAAGGUGUGGUGCAAGGUGUGACCUCAGUUGCUGAGAAGACAAAGGAGCAGGCAUCACAGCUGGGUGGAGCUGUCUUCUCAGGAGCUGGCAAUAUUGCAGCUGCCACAGGACUGGUCAAGAAAGAAGACUUUCCCACUGAUGUGAAACCUGAAGAGGUUGGUCAGGAAGCAGUGGAGGAGCCACUGAUAGAGCCACUGUUAGAACCCGAGAGUGAGAAUUAUGAAGAGCCACCGCAGGAGGAAUAUCAGGAAUAUGAGCCAGAAGCAUAA